AGGAAGGAGAGAGGAGAGAGACGGACACACUCAACACCAAGAGAGAAGAGACGGUGAGAGCGGACAGCUGACAAAAUGUCGAUGACAGAUCUGUUGAAAGCUGAGGAGAUCAAGAAAGCUCUUGAUGCCUUUGCAGCAGAAACAUUCGACCCCAAAAAGUUCUUCGAGAUGGUGGGAAUGAAGGCCAUGACAGCUGAAAACGUCAAGAGGGUCUUCAAGGUUCUGGAUGUGGACGGUAGCGGCUUCAUAGAGGAGGAAGAGCUCAAGUACGUACUGAAGGGCUUUUCCCAGGAGGGCAGAGAUCUGACUGACGACGAGACAAGAGCAUUCCUCAAAGCCGCAGACAAAGAUGGAGAUGGAAAGAUCGGGAUUGACGAGUUCGAGGUCUUGGUGCAUGAGUAGGGGGCAGCUGAACAUUCCCCCUCUUCUUCUUCCUCCUCCUCUUCAUCCCUGCAUUCAUAUUUUGUAACUGCAACCUUCAAACUCCUCUCACCUUCCUGGAGACCCCACGCAUGGAGUCAGACGAGGCCUGCUCGCUACAAAACACUGCAGACGCAGGCCAACAGGGAGUCAGCGUGAGGAGGAACAUCCAGGCAUCAGUUUCAUUUUUAAUUUUGUCAUUUUUUAUAUAUAUAUAUAUAUAUAUAUAUAUAUAUAUAUAUAUAUAUAUAUAUAUUUAAUCGCACAUGCUGUAUGGGUUUCAGAAUCAUUAUAAAUGAUUUCAUGAAGAUAGUUUGUGGUCUCAAAACAGGUGGUACUAGUGCUGUAGAUGGUGUAGAUGUUAUGAAGACUUCUUGAAUCUUUAUUUCCUUCUUUUGUGUAUUUCAGGUUGUGCAUUUUGUCUGAUUGGUUUUACUUCUAGAUGUUCACACAUCAGUGCACUUUUCCUCCCGCUCCUCUUCCUCAUCCACCUUCCCUCACCUCACCUCACCUCGCCUCACCUCACCUCACCUCCUCUAUCUCCUCCUCCUCACUCCCUGCCUCUGAUCAGAUGAUGUAGUAGAUAAAAUGAUAUAUAAGACGAGCUGUGAAGAGAGAAAAGAAAUGAUAAUAAAGAAAACUUGAGUAA